AUGGAUAACCUCCUUCCCCUUAGCACCCCCCAUCACCUCCUCGAGGUCCCUUUCUUCGGCCACGAUGUCUACGAUAAUCUCGGCUUCUUCACCUACCCCGAUCGUCGGGGCUGGGACCCCCGCCACCUCCGGCACGGAGAUUACGGACAGCGAUCAUCCAUCGACGCAGCGUCUUUUACUCAGGCAUGGCUGUUCUUCGGCACAAUAAGCGAAGUCACGGGGGUAUCGGUGCGAGGAACGAACUUUAUUCGUGUUUCCGAGCCUGACGGCCGUCUGCUUGUCACAACUCAGCGUCUACAAUUCUAUCUUGAGAUCUGGCGCGCGAAGGCAACGAGAGCUAAUAGAAGUGCCAGCCAGAAGAGAGCAACGCGCGAGCGAGCAAAGCUAUGCCUCGAUUUCAUGAUGAAGUGGACAGUACCUGUUCUCCUACUCCCGGAGCACCCCGAGGUCGCCGUUUCGAUAGAGAUCCUCCUUGUCACGCUCGUCGACACAUUCAAGGAAAUCUACGGCCUCGAAGCGUGGGAGAUCCCGUCGGCUUUUGCAGACGACGUAGAAGAUCGUGAUAUGCAGCCUGGCCUCAACCAGGAAGUCCAUAAGUACCUCAAGGCUCGCAUGGUGGCUCAGGGCUGGUGUCCGUAUCGGCUUGAGAGUUUUGCUGAUGCCGUUCCCACCGAUGCCCUAUAUACACUAAGUUUAAUGGGUACGAGGGAAUUGCGUAGCGGUCACAACAGGUGUAAUGAAGACUUUUGUGUGGGAAACCAUGUUGAUGAGAAGACAUAUAAUGAGACGCCACGGCAUGUGAAAGAGGGCUGUAAGUGUGGAUUUGUGAGGGCGGAUGUCAAGGAGGCGAUAAGUGUCAUUGAGCAAGGCCAGAUACCUCUUGCGACAGUCUUCAUGGAUUUAGAGAAGCAAGUAUGUCUGAAAAUAACCCCGUACAAGCCAGGGAUGACAUACAUUGCCAUCUCCCAUGUGUGGGCUCAUGGCCUCGGUAACCCCGAUGAGAACGCUCUCCGAAGCUGCCAGCUCCUAGAACUCGACAAGCUCCUCACGCGUACGUACAAAGACCAAAACAUAGGAGAUACUAGCACAGAUACUAAGACUGUAUACUUCUGGAUCGACACACUUUGCCUCCCUCUCCGCCCCCCCAACUGCCGAAAAGCAGGCAUCAAGCAAAUGCGCCGCUGCUACGAAGCCGCAGCUGCAGUCCUGGUCUUAGACAAGCACCUCCGCCGCUGCACAGCCUACACCCCCAGCAUAACCACAGAACUACUCCUCCAGGUCGCGAUCUCAGAUUGGCGGUUCCGUGUCUGGACCCUCCAGGAAGCCAUCUUCGCGAAGAAACUUAUCUUCCAGUUCAUUGACGGGCAAGUCGACGCCGACGAGCUGAUUCUCGCACACUAUUCCAGUCCCGCCUCCAAUAAUUUCACCCAUAUCAACCUGUUCCUAACAAUGAAUCUACUCUUCGAUUUGGGUUUCGAUAUGUCCGCAGUGAGGGGCGGGGAGCUCCGCGUACGACAUUCCUCGCUGUUGAGUCUCUUUCUUUCCUUACAGGGCCGCACAACCAGUAAGCCAGAAGACGAGCCACUCUGUUCGGCGAGUCUACUGGGACAGGACCAUGUUCUCGGCGCGAUACUGGAGUGCCGGAAGGAGGACAGGAUGAAAGAAUUUUGGCGCACGCAGGGUCGCAUUCCAGCGUGGCUGCCGUUCAUCGAUGGACCCAAGAUAGAAGAGACUGGGUAUACAUGGGCACCGUCGACACUUAUGUAUAAGGUUCAGUCGUUGGGAGGGACGCCGAUUGUAUCUGAUGAUUUGUAUGGAUCGACACAGUCGGCAAUCAAAUAUAAGCUUCAGUCUUUGUGUAGGACUCUGGUUGUAUCUCAAGAUCUUGCAGAGUUUGAACCAGGAGGCCCAUGGUUAAGGAUUAUCAAGCCAGGAUUUCUCUUGUUGAAGCAAAAAGAAGAUAACAGUUCUUCAGCGAGAGCGAUGGACAACGCGUUCAGGAUCACGGAUGAUCGGGGACAUAGGUACGAUGUGGUGAGGUCGAUAGAUAAGUUCAACCCGGAAUUGCCUGUUUUUGGGGGGGAUGUCGCUGUCAUUGUUUCUGGGUGGCCAAAAUUUAAUCAUCCUCAGGUUCUUGUUGUUUCAGUCAUAAAGAAGGAUCUGGAUCAGGGUCAGGAGUCUGAUUGUAUUCGUUGCAGGAUUCGUUGCAGGGGAAUCAUCAUAGUUGAGAAGACAUUUCCUAGAGAGCUAUUUGCGACUGAUUCUAUAACUUCAUACAACGCAAGGAGAGUAGGGGAAGGCCAGACUUGGUUACUCGAAUAA